AGUGGUACUACCAGUAGUGUUAAAAGUAUUGGAUAUUUUAAAUUUACGUUUGUUAACUUUUACUCGUGCAUUGUAUUAUCUCAAAAUAUCUCUAUAUUCUAUUUCUCACAUCAAAGCAUACCAUGUCUUCUGUUGUGACUAGUAGUGAAAAAAUUGACACUUCAGCAAAUAGCUGAAUUAAAGAAGAAUGAAUGAAGAAACUGAAGAGUUUCCAGGGCAACUUCUUCAUCAAGCUGCUCUCUGGGGCAAUUCAGAUUUGUUAGAAGACCUUCUUCAUGGAGAUCAGGUGCAACAUUUAAAUGCAACAGACACAUUUGGCCGUACAGCUUUACAUGCUGCAGCUACAAAUGAGAAUGAAACAUGUGCAAGGAUACUUUUACAAGCAGGAGCCAAUCCAAACAUUGCAUGUGGAGCAAAACACCACAGUAAGACUCCCUUGCAUGUAGCAGCAGAAAAUGGUCAUAUUUCUAUAGUUAAGCUGUUAAUGGAAUACCAAGCUGAUUUGGUAGCUAAAGAUAGUGGAGGAUUAACUGCCAUGGAUUUAGCAGAAAAGAAUGAAAAUCAUGAGGUGAUGGAAGUGCUAAAGUCAGAAGCAGAUAGUCAAGACAAGAGGAGAGAGGAGUUAUAUGAAGGUCUUCAAGAAGCUUGUAAAACUGGUAGUGUUGGAAAAGCAAAACAGAUUCUUCGAGAAGCAGGUCCAGAUGCUGAUGUGAUUGUCAACACAACACCAAAUGGAUGUAGCACACUAUUAUUUAAGGCUUGUGAGGAUGGCCAGAAGGAGAUUGUUAGUUUGUUGCUAGAUCAUGGGGCUGAUGGUCGAAUCCAUCCAGUUACAAAGUACUCACCUCUUUAUAUAUCCUGCUAUUAUGGUAGGAAAAACAUUGCUGAAAUUCUUCUAAAGAAAUUCCCUGAAUUGGUGCAAGUUCCAACAGUAGAACGUUGGUUACCUACCCAUGCUGCUGCAAUCAAUGGCCAUUGUCAUGUUCUUGAGCUUCUUUUGAAGUUCCCUUAUCCAUCGUAUGUUAUGCAGAAGUUUAUGGAUAAAAGUGGAACUUGGGAGUAUGAUCUUCCUUUUGAUAUUAAUGCCAAGGAUGUAGCAGAACAAACAGUGUUGUAUUUAUCUUGUUAUGUUGGAAAUCUGAGACUUGUCGAUACUCUAAUAAAGUUUAGAGUUCGAGGUAAAAAAAUUUUGAAACAAAAUAUCAUUGAUUCACAAAAUAGAAGUGAAGAAAAACCUGAUUUAAAGGCUAGUCCAAGUAAACUCGGUGGUGGAUUACAAAACAUCCUAGCCAAACUAAGUCUUAGAAACAAUCAAGAUGAUCCUGUGCAACCUACAGAAUUAAAUAUUUCCCCAUUAGAUCUUGACCUGUACUGUGCUAACAACACAGAAACAGCACUACAUGUCUCUGUUAAGCACAAACACUGUAAAAUUGCUUCUUUGUUGCUCCAAAAUGGAGCUAAUCCAAAUCUGAGAAUUGCUUUAUCUGAAGAAGAUUUAAACCAUGCUCAGGAUGAAAAUUAUGUAUUUUCAGGCUCAUCAACUCUUGUGGAAGCAUGUAAAAACAGAGACUUAACAAUGGUGGAUCUUCUUGUCAGAUAUGGGGCUCGUGAUGAUGACUGCAGUGCUCUGAAAGUAGCUUCUAAAGAGGAAGAUGAAAAAAUAAUAUCAAAACUCCUGACACUGAAAGCUCACCAAGACCCUGAGUACAAAAUUAACAAGAAGAUUUUAGACAUCACUCCUUCCACCCAGCUAGUAGGUGGGUUGAUGGGUGGUGUCACCUUUAGUUCCAUGUUUCCUACAAUCCCUGUCAUGAUCAAUUGGCACAGUCAGCGCUGCUUACAGUUUGUGAAAGAACAAUGGAUUAUUGAUGCUAGUGUAUCUCUAAACAUUAAACUUAAAUUGUCUCCACAUAAUCAUUCUAUGGCUCUUUCUGCAAUUACAAGGCUUGACAUAUCAAAUAAUGAACUGACAGAGUUGCCUGCUUGUAUUUUUCAAAUGCCUUCCCUCAAGGUGCUAAAUGCAUCUCAGAACAAACUGGAGAAAUUGCCUGAUAUUGAGGUUAAAAGCCAGAGUGGAUCAGUUUCACCCAAUAAAUCCUCACUGAAAUUGCCUUCCAAAUACAAACUUCCAGCUACCUGGACUUGUUCAGUCCUAGAGGAGAUUCACCUUCAAGAAAACAGGCUAGAUAAUGUCCCUGAGAGUAUAUUUCAGUUGCCUUCCUUGAUUAUUUUAGAUCUGUCUAAUAACAAACUCCAGAUGUUACACUUUAAGGUGUGGAGCUCACCCAAACUUAGAGAGCUAAAUUUAUCUUUGAAUUUGCUGAAGAGCCUCCCAUGUUUUCCUUCAUACCAGUCUGAUGCUGCUGUUUAUAAAGAGAGAUUGGAUGACCAGUUUACUUCAUCAUCUGAGUCAAGUCCUCAACACACCAAUUCAGAACUAAUCAUGCAGGAAACUAUACCAACUGUAUUAAAACCUGAGAGUUCUAGUUCAAAGUCUACUCCUCCUGUAACUAGUCGAGGAAACUCUCAGAUGUCCAUAAAUCAUGAAGAGUUGCUUCAUCAUAACAUUUGGAGUCAUUCUGUAGAGGUAGUUGAUGUUCCUUUGGAUAGUAAACUUGAUAAAGAUCAACACUGUCAACUGUCAUCUUUAAAUCUAGCUCAUAAUGCAUUUGAAGCUAUUCCUCCUGUUCUUGCCUGCUUUGCUCCCAAUUUGGCCCGACUAAGUCUGAGUUACAAUUGUUUGAAGGAAAUGGGACCAGUGAAAAACUACCCAGCUAAUUUGAAACAUCUAGAUCUUUCCCAUAACAUGAUCCAGUUCUGGCCUACUCUAAAAACAGUACAGAAUGAGGGGACACAUGAUGAAGUAGUAUGCUAUAACCUUUCAGAAAAUGAAUCUCCUAGUAGAACACCGUCAGCACCAUCUCCAGUUCAAGGAUCUACAAGAAGAGAAAUGAACAGACUACGGAGUUCCAACCUGGGAAGCCAGAUCUCUGGUACAUCAUCAAUCUCCUGCAUUCAUCAUCGUCACAACCGUUUAGACAACCUCAGAACACUAAUCCUUGCUGACAAUCAACUAACUAGACUGUUGUUGACAGCUGAGGAUGAAGGAUGUUUUGAAGAAGAGGAAAGUAGAUCUCAGGAUUCAUUUGAUACCAUGUCAAUUUCAAGUAGAGAUUCUCAGGGUCCUGUAAGAAGCAGAGUGCUCUUUCCCAACCUGUCAAUGUUGGAUGUGGGAAACAAUCAUAUACAAGAAAUUCCUGUAAUGAUUAGUGAACUGACUAAUUUGUCAGUGCUAAAUAUCAGUGGCAACAUGGCUAUCUGUAAGUUGCCACCAGAGAUGGGACUCUUGAGCAAACUGUGGAAUUUGAAUACUCGAGACUGUAACCUGAAUGAUCCUCUGAAGAGUAUGAUAGAAAGUAAGAAGUAUAAGACAAUGGAUAUCAUUGGAUACCUGAAAUCUAUAUUAGAAGAUUCCAAGGCAUAUGCUCGUAUGAAGCUGAUGAUUGUUGGUGUUCAAGGAAUUGGAAAGACAUCUCUAUUAGAACAGCUUAGACAAGAAGGAACUGGAACAUACAAAAGAAAACCUCCUGAGAAAGAAUACUAUGCAACACACCAGUACUUCCUGUCUAAACGUUCUCUAUAUUUAGUGGUCUGGAGGAUCACUGAUGGAGAGUGUGGAGUUAAAGAAAUUCUUCAAUGGCUGGUUAACAUUCAGGCAAGAGCUCCCAAUGCUCCUGUAAUUAUUGUGGGAACACAUUAUGACCUUGCAAGAGAGAAAUUUUCCUACUCUUACUGCGAUGAACUUCAGCAUAUGAUCCGAGAGCAUUACAUAAAUGUGGUUGAUGCAGACAAAUGUGGAUUGCCCCGGGUUUUAGAUACAAUUGAAAUAAGUUGCAAAAGUCAUCAUAACAUUAAACCUCUGUGUAACCUUAUCUAUGAUAUUGUAUUUGAGCUGAGAUGCCCUGGAAGUAAAGAAAGAUUACUAGAGCAAAAAAUCCCAGCAACAUACUUGGCACUUGAAGAUGUGGUGGGUUAUUUAGCUUUAGAACGCCGGCUACAGGGGAAGGAUCCAGUACUUCGAGCAGAGCAAUACAAAAUGCUGGUGAUGCAUGAAAUGCAGCAAAGAUUUAACAUAGCCUUUAGAGACAUGGCUGAACUGAACCAAGCAACAACCUUUCUGCACGAGAAUGGUGUUCUUUUACAUUAUGAAGAUGCAACUUUAAAAGACCUCUACUUCCUUGAUCCUCAGUGGUUGUGUGAUAUGCUAGCUCAUGUUGUUACAAUUCGAGAAAUAAAUCCAUUUGCACGAAAUGGUAUAAUGAAAACAGAAGAUUUGAAGCAUGUUUUCAAGUCUUCCCAGUGUGCUCCAUCAGAUGCUCAGACAUACAUUUUAAACUUGUUAAACAAGUUUGAAGUGGCACUAACCUGGGACAGUAGGACUCUACUCAUUCCAUCCUUGUUACCCAUGGAAGAACACUUGCGUCAUGGUCUUCCAGGCUGCGACAUCAGGAUUCCAGUUCGUUCAAAGAGUUGGGCUCUGAGAAAAAUGUAUGCCCCUCCAAAACCUCCUAGUGUUGUUGAUAGUUCUUCACAUGACCUAAAGUCAAACUUUGAUAAAAGACCACAAAGCCUCCGAGUGUCUUCUGGCAUAAGUACAGAAAAUGUUGGAGAGCCUAAGCAACCAGCAACAAUUUCUCAACUGAAUGCUCCAUCUGAGCAUCAUUCUUCUUUGAUAACUUAUCAGACCAAUUACAACCAAGUAAUUCAAAGACUCUUUCUUAUGUCAUAUUUUCCUAGUGGAUUCUGGCCUCGACUGAUCUCACGUAUACUUGGUGAUGAUUAUAUUGUGGAUAUUGUUCGAUCAUAUUUUUCUUUACCCAAAGACAUUAAGAUGGAUCCCCAGCUUGCCUCUGUAUUUAGCAGAAGAGCUGAAUGGGUGUGCUGGCAGACAGGCAUGGAACUACGCUAUAUGGAUACCACUUUGUUUCGAAUGAAAGAGAUCCUACCACACUUAUCAAGUGUUCCUUAUGACUAUUCCCAGAUGAAAUUCAUGCUUCAACUUGAAGGAAAUUGGACAGAUGUAGAGCUAAGCAAUUCAUCUAUUUUGGAAAUUCUUCUUCCCAAUCAGAAAGUGAUUAUUCUGCAGAAACAGGAAAGCUACCACAGAGAAUUGCUGCUUGAGCCUAGUCAGGAACAUGUUGCAAAGAUCCUUGCUUUUGCUGUUGACCACAUUGAUACACUGUUAGAAGACUGGUACCCUACUUUGGGCACUAGGUUUGUCCAUACCUCAGAAGGAAGAUUUCUUGUGACCAGAGUAAUUCCUUGCACUCAAUGUCUUGUAGGUCAUUCCAAGCAGCAGUUGGACCACAGUGGAGACACUGCCACCUUUUCUGUGCUAGAUACUUUCUGUAACAAAGAAUCUUGGCAGUUUGUAGACCACUUUUGUAAUGUUGCUGGAUCCUUGUGUAUAGACAGAGCUAGCUCCUUUAAUGUCAACAAACGAGGUUCAGAACAGUGCAUGCCUUCCCAGUACUCACCAGGGUUGAUACGGCAUCAUGUGGAUUCCAGAGGCAGUACAGCUUCUCAUGACAGUGGAGUUGGACCAGAGAGUAAUAGUUCUAGUCGUAAACCUUCGGCUGAAGGAAGACUGGAUGAAGAGCUACUCUCCAGGCAGAAGCAAGAUGGAGCUGCUAUAAUAGAUUCUACAACUGAAGGGGACCUCACUGUCUACAGUUUUAUGGUUGAAGACUGUAUCCUCACAGCUUACCAGGAGCAAGUUAUCAAAUGUCCAAUUCAUGGUGAUCUUAAAAUGUCUCUUUUAGCUCCUGAUGUGGUUUUUGCUGACUUGGGGGAGAGAUUUCUGGUACGGUCAGAAAAUCUUAGAAGGGGAAGAUUGUUAGGGCGAGGUGCAUUUGGCUUUGUUUUCAAAGCUAAUAUCAGACAAAGGGUAAGAUGAAACUGUUAGAGCUAAAAAGUUUUGCUUAUGUUUUUAAACUUAAUAUACAGAAGCUAAGGUAUUAAUAAAGCAAGGUGUGUAUAAUUGUGUGUGUAAACCUCAGUGCUUGAACAGAGAAUGUUUUUUGUUUUGUAUUUAAAAGCAAAAGAUUCAUGGUUGUUUGCUCUACCAGUAUUUUGCUAGAACUAAUAUCUUUAUUAUAAAACACUUGUUAGUGAUGAACCUUGGCACUAGUAUACUGUAAUUUUUCUCAUGCAAUUCUUUACUUUUUUGUACAGGUUAUUAACUAUUGUACCUGUAAUUGCAUACUUUCAUUUGCAAUUCAUUGUUGCAUUACAAUAAAUAACGUUUAGAAAAAGCCCUAAAUUAUAGUUAUUAUGGAAAUCUUUGUUUUACCUGUGUUCCAGUUAUCCUAAUGUUUGCUAAGCUUUCUUGGCUUUGUCUUGCCAUACAUAUCAUAACUUUCAAUAUAUUUUGUGUAUGUUCACAAAAUUUGGCAAGCUUUCAGCAAACCUUAGAAGUCUUUUGCACACAGAAAUUCAGAUUUUUUUAUUAAAUAUUUUACUAAAGAUUUGUCCGUGAAUAUAUGAAGUCAGAGGAUUGACUGCUUUGAGUGCAAAGUGAUUUUUAUGUUAAUACUAGCAGAUGCCAUUUGAAAGAAUUCAAUGGUAAUUUUUAUAAAAAUAGUUAUGAAUAAAUAAAAGAUGUGCAGUCAUCCCAAUGCCUUUGAUCAUAGCACAUAUACAAUAUGAUUGUUUAGUGGACCAUUUAAGGUCAUAUUUUGUCAUUAAAUGUUUAUUUCAAUAAGGAAAAUUGCAUUGCAUUUGUUUUUAAGCAAAAGAGACUGAAUACAAUGCAUUAUUAGCAAAAAUGUUUGGGUAUCGAUGUAGCAGGUGCAACCAACAUAAUAAGAGUUCUCAGGUUUGUAAAGUAGCCAUGAUGAUUUUGUCUGCUGGAUGCCACUGUUCCUUUUCAUUUUACCCGAGCACAAGAAAAGACCACUAUCGAAGUGAGCACUUUUUUGCCAGUUGUCAUUUCUUUAAAGUGUCAAAGGGGAGGUAUUCAGUUCAAUUUAUCCAACAUGGUACAAUAAUAUCAUGCUUGUAUAUAAUACUGUUAUGACAGCGGGGGUCACAUGACGCU